CGUUAACUUGAGGGAUGUUUUGAGGACAACAGGGACUUCAUAAUUGUUUUGAAACCGGAAAGAGACUAUAUUACUAUAAGCCGAUAGUCCCGCCUUCAAGAAAAUUAAGACUUAAAGCCGAUAAAAUGUCUAAGGAAUCGGCUCGUUGUCUCGAGAGAUGGGAAAAGGUUGACAGGAAAACAUAUGUUCCGCUAACCAAGGCGCACUUAAAAUUUGUCGCCAAGGCGACGAGAUACCCCCUGCUUAUCGAUGGAUGUUACUUAGAAAACGCAGUUCGCAGAUACGAGAAGUUGUGGCUGCCGCUUUGUCGCAGGCACGGCACGAUGUCAUGUGACGAGUGGGCCGCUCCGCUAGACGUUGCAUGGGUGUGGAUUUUACAUAUGCUUUCGCCAACGAACUACCGACGCGAGUGCAGCAGACUUAUCAAAAACCCGCCAAACCAUAGGUCAAAAUCAGGAGAAGAUUUAGAGCAAGCGCUGCGACUAAGCAGGCGGCUAUGGGUCGAUGCGUACCCAAGAGAGCCGUUUGAGGUGAAUCUUUCUGUUCCCAUAGCUAAAGAUUCGUUUAUUACUAGGAUUAGGUAUGAUUUCAACUCAGCAUCGAUCAAGUACAGCGAAUUUUGCUACCAAGUCUCGCUGCCUCAUUUCUGCGACGACAAUUUCUUGAACGUUGCAACUCAAAGGUAUGUCCGGUAUCUGGACCUCCAGUCGAAGCGUCCGAAUGUUGUCUUACGUCCACCGCUAGACAUCAAACUUAUCUUGCAUUCCCACCAGCUGAACCCGAUAUUCUAUGCUUCACAAUCUGGGGUUAUACUUGGGGCGGUUCAGGACAUUGAUUUGGCCUUGUCCGAGGCGUGCGAGGAUUCUCGGAGGGCAUUCGAAUGUGAAGGCAUCGAGUACGCCCGCCCUGGCAUCAUUUGCCGCGAGAGGCAACCUUUGAAGACGCAUCCAUCCCCUGUCAUUCACCCGCAGGCCUUUGCAUCUGUGGUUCAUCACAUAGAAAUAACCGAGAUACGAGUUUCCCACCUCAAUCCAGAAAUCACGUAUAUGGUCACCCUAGAAGUGGAAAAUAGGGUCGUGCUUGAGGAGAGAAUCCUCGCCGUUGGAAGACUCCCUCGAGACGCAAAGGCUGCACGGCGUAAGAGUGGUUUGGAAUACGUGCCAUUACAUGACCUGCGGUCUGAGGGGAUGAGCAUGCGCAAUGACGGAUCACUCGGUUUUGUUAAUCCCUUGUACCAGCAACGGUUGGUGAAUGAGCAGGAGAAAUACGAAACGUAUGAGCAAACGAUUGGUGACGGUACUUUCGUCUUGACUUCCUUCCAAAUCGAUACAUCCCACACGACAUCCUUCAGCUUAUCUUUGUACGAAACUGCGAACUCUGUAUUUACAACCAGAAAGGCGUUAGUAGGAUUGUUCAAGUUUGAUACUCUAAAACAUCUUGGAAGGUAUGGUGAAUCGAUGACACAGAGUACAGAUGAAGAUAACAUAAUUCUUUCCGCCUUCUUACCAGAUAAAGAUCUAGCGCUAAAUGUAUCUUGUAAAGUCUCCCCCAAGGAAUUCGGAGAUAUGUUUUUCACAAUAAGCCCAGAUUUCGGCCUUAAAGUUUUCUACAGCUUAUCUAAAGCGCUGUCUCGGGCGUGUGUCGCGGAAAAUACCAACACAAUAUUGACUAAUCCAGCAGAGGUGACAAUGUACCCGGUUUGUGAUCAGCGGGGAGAAUUAGCUUUUAACUGUCGGAUAAUACGCUCUGUUCCCGACACAGACCAAAUAAUAGUCGAAAUUCUAGAUUCCAGCGGUGCUGUGUGUGCGACCAGUAGCCUCCUUAACAAUGGCGUCCUACCGAGGAAGGGAGAUGUCUCCAAGGUAACCGACUGCGCCUUCUUAGAGCCUUGCGAGGGCGACCACGCGAUGCUUAUACGCGGCGAAGAGGACUGGGGCAUACUAAUGGGUCGCAAAGUCUGCUUACAUGGUAACCAAGCGCAAAUCUUAGCUCUGAAGUUGUUCUUAAUGGGGAAAGGUUAUUGCUAUGUUCGCAAGUACAGAGACUGGGUAUAUUUGAUUGAUUUGGCAGCCGGCGCAUGCGUGCUGGUGGAUCUUGAGCGUCGCCGUGUGAUCGUCUCUAGGAGUGUGUCAGCGGUAGCACAAGCCGUGGCUUUGUGCUUUUCGGUGCUAAUACUUAGGUACCUCUCCUGCAAGCACGACCGUGAAAGCUGGGUGGUUUUAGGCGAGAACGGGAUCGAGGUUUUUACAGCUUUUCAAAGUCCGGACGAGAUAGGUGCGGAAUGGAAUGGAUUGCUUGCAAGGGUGGAAAGUGGGCGUGAGUACCACGUGUCGGAGACUUGGGGAAAUGUAACUUUGUAGCCCAUACAGGAACAGCGUGAGAAGUGCUUUUCAGAAAUAUGCAAAUAGAAAAUUUAGAUAACGAUUACGAAUAACACACCUACUUUAAACUA